GCUUAACAGGACUAAAGGUGUGAUUGGUGUAAUUUUUUAUUUUGGAGGAAGGACGAGCACGGUUGAGGACAAAAAUCGCAGAAAUUGAUGGCGCUUCUGAUACCACAACAAAUGUCACUAACGUGUGGAACGUUUUCAGUAAAUUUGGAUUUCUCAUAUCUGUGUUUUUAAACGUUCGAAGUAUUAAUCAUGGAUUCUGAAAUUAAAAAAGGUCCCAAAAAGAUUGAAAUAUCAUCGAGUUCACUGGUUGCAUUGAAAGCUGAAUUAUUGAACAAGCAAAGUCAAGUUCAAAAGGUAAAAACCGACGGUUUUAAGACUAUCAGAAAUCGCCCAACUAAAAAGGUGGUUUUAAAACAAAACAGUGGUGUGGAACUAAGAGCCAAACGUGAUGAAGAACAGAUAGCAGAAGAUCAGCCAACUUUAGACAAGUCACGACUUAUACUGGAGGAGAAAGCAAAAUUGUAUGAAAGACUUUCGAGAGACAAAGCACUUUUACAAGAGGACACAAUUUCUGAAGAUCAGUCUGUUUUUCUUGUAGAUUUUCAACAAAAAGUUGUUGAAAACACCAUCAAAGAGAAACGAGCACAGAGUUCAAAACAUAGCAAAACGCCAAGAAGAGAAAGUUCUUCAUCCGAUGAUGAGGCUGCUGGAGAGGAAGAAUAUGCCACCACCAACCCUGAGGAGGAAUGGGUUGACUAUGUAGACUCAUUUGGGAGAACUAGAAGAUGCUUAAAAAAAGAUCUUACAGUUUUUCAAAAGCAAGAUGCAGAACUAAACAAACAACCAGUUGCUUCAACAACAUCUGUGUCGUAUGGGAAUUUUGUUGCAGCUAGUGUACAAGUCAGCAAUGAAGAGCCAAGCAUACUGUCCUUAGACGAAGAAGCCCGAAAACGUCAGAGACAAGUGUGGGAAGAAGAGGAAGAGAAAAAUAGGGAUAAAUCCAAGGUCCACUACCAAGACAUCCUCUAUCAAGAGGCUCGACAGCAUGGCGUGGGUUUUUACUCGUUUUCCAAGGAUGAAGAGGAACGUGCAAAGCAGAUGGAGGAGCUGGAAAGAAUUCGAAAAUUGACGGAGGCGGCCCGAGCACAGACAACUCAAACAUCAGCAGAUAAACAAUCAGCGUUGGAGGCGCGAUUAAAGAAAGUUCGGGAUCGCAAACGGCAAAAAUUGGGCUUACCUCCUUUGAGUAUAAGAAAAGAACAUCCUAAACGUCUGCCCACACCUCCGGAGCCUGAAGCCCCGCCCACUACUGACAGCGCAAAGGAAGCGGAAGAUAACUUGAGAAAGUCGGCAGCUCGAGGAUUGCCUCAAUCUGCCAAAAUCAGACCUUGGGAUUUUGGCAAAGAAGGUGUCCCCAAGAAACCUGUUAUGACUCAGAGCAGCUGGGUCGAGAAGAAACGGGAGGAACGAAAGGAAGAAUUUGCACCUCCUUCCGCUUUCACGGAGAGUACCGAUACGUCAAGGCCGAGGAAGUUCGCUAAGCAUCAAGAUCCAAUUAUAAAAACGGAGCCAGUGAUCAGCGAGGAUUCUAUUAUUUCUGGAUUGGCUUUCAUGAAGCAGAUGCAAUUUCCCAGCAGGUCUGGCGUACAGCCAUCGCCUCCCAAUAGAUAUGAUGGGAAAAAAGACGUCGUUGAAGAAGAAGAAGAAAACGACGAUGAUUUAAUGCCUCCUGGGGAGACGGACGAACCCCACGUAGCAGAGCCUUCAUCUAGAUGGCGAUCAGUGCCAAGUCGAGGAGCUGAAAUUGCACCACCCUCCUCCAUGGACUAUUACAACAACUCGUCAGCACGAAGAGGCGUGUCUAGCCACCGGACGGAUGUAUCACAGUCAUUCAGUGUAGGUAUCAACCAACGGAAAAAUGCUGGUGAUGACAACUCGUCACCAGCGAAAGGAGCGACUCGUCCCAAGUGGGAUUUUUCUCAAUAAGACAUUGGACACCAUAUGCUUGCUCACAAUAUACUACACCACAAAUUGUC